AUGGCGGAAUACUCUCAUCUCUCUGAACUUGACCCAGAGAUUGCUUCUCUCGUUGCAGAUGUUCCGCAGCUUGUAAUUGACGAGGACUCACUUCCUGCAUUCCGACAAUAUUUGACAGGGCUAGCGAUUCCCCAACUGGUGAGGGAUUAUGAGCCGUUACUACCAGAGAGCUCGGAAUAUACUGUUAAAGAUCACCAAAUCGACGUUGGUGAAGGAGUCAAGGUGCUUGCGAGAUCUGUAAUACCUACACCACGGGAUGGCGAAGCUGGAACCUUUCCUCUUCUAUUCUGGAUCCAUGGUGGAGGCUGGACAGUAGGAAAUCUUCACAUGGACGACUACCGGCUUAGAAUCGCCAGUGUCAAACUCCGGCUGUCUGUAGUUAAUUGUCAAUAUCGUUUGGCACCAGAACACCCGUUCCCUGCUGCGGUUGAUGAUCUGACCGCAGCUUUGAAAUAUGUCGUUUCCUAUCCCGACGCCUUUUCUGCUUCGUUGAAGAAAGGGUUCAUUGUCGGAGGAGCAUCUGCAGGUGGUAAUUUGGCUGCAGUACUUUCAUGGAUGGCUCGAGAGGAUGCCUUCUUCAAAGAAACGCCCUUAACCGGACAGUUCCUGAAGGUCCCGUCUGUAAUUCACUACAAGGCUAUCCCAGAAAAGUACAAGUCUUCCCUGUUAUCCUGGGAACAGAAUAAAGACGCGCCGUUCUUACCUGUACAGCAUGUGAUGAAGUUUUUAGAAUUUUAUAACGCACCGCCGGCGGAUCCAAGAGUUUCCCCUCUACUCUUAUCUUCACAUCGAGAUCUUCCUCCCGCCUUUCUACAGGUCUGCGGACUGGACCCGUUGCGCGACGAAGCUUUUUUGUACGAGAAAGUGUUGAAGGAAGCAGGCGUUCCCACUAGACUUGUAGUAUACCCAGGUGUGCCUCACGGGUUCGACGCAAUGGGUGGAUUUGGUAUCAAGCAAGCCGUGAAAUCCAGGGAGGACUUUAAUAACGGGCUACAGUGGCUUCUUGAAGUUGGAAAGUCUUGUUGA